GCGGAAGAGGGAGCAAAAAACGACGCGUUCGGUGAUAGAGACCCCAGCGCCGACUGAGCCCCCAAAGCGAGCUCUGCCCCUUCCCAUCAACACCACCGCGCGCUCCGGAGCAGCCGCUCCGGGGGAGACCUAAGGGGACAGCAGGGGGGCACGAGGGAGAGCUGAGGAGCGGGGACCACGAGAAGCGGCGCGAGAGCCAGCCUGCACGCUGAGGGCUGGGGGCGGCCAGGACCGAAGUGAAGCGGGGACUCACCAGCGAGCGGAGCGCAGGAGGGUCCUGGGAGGACUGAGGAGAACCGGGGUUUGUCCGGGUGGGAAAGGAAAGCUGAGGGGAUUUCUGGAUCCUGGGAAGAGGAGAAAGAUUUCCAAAGAGGAGGCGUGGGUCGGGACCCUUGGCCGGUGAUCAGAGGGCGAGGAAUUGAAGCGCUCCGAGGGAGGGGCUUAGGAGAGGCGCUUUUACGGAAGGACACAGCCGGAGAAAGCUUGGGAAUUGCUACAGGGGCGGGGGCUGAAGAGGAGAGGAGCCUUUUAGACGCGAGACUGGGGAGCCUGUAGAGAGGUACCCCAGGCCCUUUGCAGCUCGCCCCACCUCAAACCCCACUGCCUCCCCCGAAAGUUAAAAGGAAAGCCACCUUUGCUGCUUCGCCCUGUUCCGACUCAAUAAAUAUUACUUUCACCCUCCCACGGGAAACCAGGAAAGAACUCAUUUCCUUCCCAGUUUCAGGGCUUAGAAAAGGUCGAGGGCUCGCAAUUUGAUUUCUGGCCUGGGGGAAUCAAACAAGGAAAGGUACUGCUCGUGCUUCCUUUUUCAAAACCCCGCACCGCAUCCUUUCCGGGACGCCAUGUCUACCAGCAGUUGUAGUUUCGAGGACCGGUGCGUGUCCAUCCUGUGUUGCAAAUUCUGUAAACAAGUGCUCAGCUCGAGGGGAAUGAAGGCUGUUUUGCUGGCUGAUACUGAAAUAGACCUUUUCUCUACAGACAUCCCUCCUACCAAUGCAGUGGACUUCAUUGGAAGAUGCUAUUUCACUGAAAUCUGCAAGUGUAAACUGAAAGACAUCGCAUGUUUAAAAUGUGGGAACAUUGUAGGCUAUCAUGUGAUUGUUCCCUGUUGUUCCUGCCUUCUUUCCUGCAACAAUGGACACUUCUGGAUGUUUCACAGCCAGGCAGUUUAUGAUAUUAACAGACUAGACGCUACCGGUGUAAAUUUCCUACUUUGGGGCAACUUGCCAGAAGUAGAAGAGAAUACAGAUGAAGACGCAUUAGAUAUCUCAGUAGAAGAGUGGAUUCGAUGAACGGGAUUAUGAUAUGUAUAAUAUUGACUCUUUCCUAUUUAAACCAUAUAUUAAUGGAUUGACUUGAAAAAUAUUAGUGAGGAUUUACUACUGAUUUCUCCUUUUUUGGACAAAAAAAUGAGAAUUUGUUCAUUUAUUUAUUUGCUAUCUCAGAUGAAUUACCUGAGUUUAGUUUGAGCUAUGGUAGUUCUUUUCUUCUAUGGCUUCUCCUUCCUCUUUCUCUCUGCAUCCUUCACCCAGUAUAGAUGUAUUCUUAAAUUCAGAUUGGAGAUUAUUUCAUGUGUCACUCAACUACCUCACAAUCUUGGGGAAUUUUUCUUACAACUAGAUACCAGAUAUCAUUAAUUUUACAUUCUUGAAUAAGGGGCAUUCAUAUACAUACUUGGGUAUAUAUCAACCAAGUAUAAACAUGUGUAUAACCAUACAUGCAUAUGGCAAGCUCAACAGGGAAUUAAAGCUUAACAGGAAUUUUUAAAAAAACCAAGCUGUUAGGUUUCCAUAGGUACUAGUUAUCCUGUGUCAUAUUGGUGAAAAAUCCUUAAAAUGCAGCAAGACUUUGUGAAUCAGCAAAUAGAGUAAAUUAAACUUUAAAAUAUAUGGACAAAUUCUCUUAAUUCCUCAGCAUGAUGUUAGAUAAAUGAACUUUAUCAACAAAAUUAUCAAUAUAUGCUGUUUUCCAAUAUGAUUUAUUUACCUUCUUCUAAAGUGAUACAGUUAUUGUGUUAUGAAAGCAGAUCAACUAAACCUCCAUCUUUAAGUUAUUCUAUUCUCUAGGACUUUUUCUGUAACGAGCAGAUUUUAAAUGAGUAAUCUCACUCCCACCCCUUAAAUAGAAAAAAACUAAAGAAUUGUUUUGCUUAAUCCAUUGUACGUUAUAAAGAGAAUUUUUGUUUUUGUUUUAAGCUGCAUUCAGAGCCACACAGAAAUAGGAAACUGGGAUAGUAUUGGAUUGUGGUUUUAGGUAUAGCUAAAAUCAGUAUAUCGCCUUAGUAAUAUCUCAGCUCUAAACAUUUUGUCAAUAGUGAUACCAAAACACACUGAGUUGUGGUUUUGUAAAUAAAGUUUUAUUGUAAAA